AUGGAACAGUCCCCAAAGCUCCUUUCAAAUGAGAUACGGCUGUUAAACCUCCUGCCCGGCAAGUGGUUCGACCCGAUCCACUGUACAUGGCAGAUCGUCUCACUCAAUGGAAAUCCCAAAUACAAGGCCCUAUCGUAUGUAUGGGGCCGGUCGAAACAUUCGCAACCGAUCUACUUGAACGGUUCCCCGAUACAUAUAACUAAGCAUCUCCGACGUGCUCUACGGCAGCUACGCAGUGGCAGUGAGGCUGUCUGCCUGUGGGUUGACGCUGUCUGCAUAAAUCAAUCGGACGAUGAAGAGAAGACGGAACAAGUAAAGAUGAUGGGCAAGAUCUACGCUCAAAGCCAAGAGGUGGUUGUUUAUCUGGGGGAUGCCUUCGCUCCGAGCUUUUCCCAAUCCUUUAACACCCCUUCAGACAUGAGAGACGCCGUAUCACAUACAAUGACACCCCGCGAAUAUUAUUCUAUGUCGGGUUCCAACGAAAUGGAUACGGGCCUCGUCUGGCGAAGGCCUUUGAGCCAUAAGGAUGGGAGCUAUCUCUUCUGUUUCAUUCAACUUCUAGCAGAUGGGGUUGAUAUGAACAGAUUUAUAGCGGGUACUGAUCAAGGCAGCUUAGACGACGUGAUGGAAGCGUUAAGACUUUUUCUUUCCGCAGUUCCUUGGUGGAAAAGGGUCUGGGUCAUCCAAGAGGUAGUCAUCCCCAGCAAAAUAAUGAUCUUGUAUGGCUCUAUGAUGGCUCCAUGGGAGACAUUUGUCAAGGCUGCGAACUGCGUGCAUGAAAAUGCUGGGAAGGUGAUCCCCUCACUCGCGCCAAGCGAUGUGAAGUUUCUAGUUGAAUUCUCUCGACGAAUCCGCGGCAUUGAGUCCAUCCGAAACCGAUGGCAGAGUCCCGAGCAAAUAACAUUGGUACAGCUUCUGCGCCAAUUCAGCGGCAGGAAGGCGACAGACCCCAGAGAUAAGGUCUACGCUCUACUUGGUCUUGCCAAGGACAAACCCUCGGUUGAGCCUAACUAUGCCGCUGCAGAGCUGGAUGUCUUAGCUGAUACGACACUGGAUAUCAUAUCCAGAUCGGGGAGCCUCGAUGUGUGGGCGGGGGAUUUCACAAUGAAGGACAACCACGCAAUUCCCUCGUGGAUUCCCGAUUGGAGUUCCCCUCCGGACACCUUCAUACAAAGCCGGAUCGAGAAUGUGAAACAUUACAAUGCCUGCAAAAAUUCCCCAGUAUAUGUGCAAUUGCAAUCAUCGAAGGAGUUCAGCACUAACGGCCACAUUGGCCGUGAGCAGGGCCUUGAAGUAAUUGAAGCGUACUACAAUACUCGAGGCGGAGCUGGGUUUUUGCGACACCAUGGAGAAGGGGUCGUCUCCUUGCCAGGUUUGCUACUUGACUCAGUCUUGGUAGCUGGGGAAACGAUGUGGUCUGACACAACACUGAUUUCGACCCUUAACGCUUGGCAUGAGAUGAUCACCAAAUCUACGAUCACUUGGGAAGACUUCGAGAGCACUAUAUGCGCUGAUCUAAGAUCUUAUCCGAACAUGGUUGGCGAAGGAAGUCUCACACUUUAG